AUGGCUUCGCCUUGGUGCAUUGGGGGAGAUUUCAAUGUUAUUAUAGCCCCCCAUGAAAAGCGUGGAGGGAGGCAUUUUGCUAUGACUGAAGGUUUGGAGCUCUUGUCGUUUAUGGAGGUGGCGGAGGUCUUUGAUGCUGGAUUCUCGGGACCAAGUUUUACGUGGAGCAAUAAUAGGAAGGGAUGGGCAACGAUAUGGAAGCGGCUGGACAGAGUAGUAAUGAAUGAAGAAUGUCUGGGUGUAGCCUCGAACAUAUCUGUUGUCCACCUUGCCAGUCAAGACGCAGAGGCAAGGCUCUUAAGAGCAGAGGAAGUUGUGGAGAAUGAUGCCUCUGAGGGGGCACAGAUGGAGCUCCAAAGGGCCCAAGGGAAGCUUAACCGGGCUCUAGCGGUGGAAGAGCUAUACUGGCAUCAGAAGGCUCGAGUAAAAUGGAUUCGUAGUGGAGACCGGAAUUCCAAGUACUUUCAUGCCGUGGUUAAGCAGCGGCGGGUGCAAGGAAUGUUACAUAGGAUCAAAAAGGCUGACGAAGCGUGGGUGUAG